ACAUUUUUUUGGCAUAAAAAUUAAGAAAAAUACCUUUAUAAUACAUAUAUUUUGGAAAAAAGAACAAUGACAAUUUCGCCAUUCAAAUAUAUCCGAAUUGAAAGAGAAGCAUGUUCACAUAUUUAAGAGAUUUUAAUUUGAGAUAAAAAUCACCCAAACCUCCGGUUUUAAAUUUUAAUACGUACUCAGAGAAAAAAAUCCCCAGAAGAUUUAGCAAAAUUCUCAUCUCAAUUUAAAAGUAAACAAACCGGCAGCAACGAUCUCAGUUGGAAAAGUUGUUCGCUACGGACAGCAACGGAACGCGGCGGAUUAAUAAAAAGUAAACGACGAACGAGAUAGCGAGGACUGUGAACCGGCAAAUGCAUUAAUUUUUAUUUUAUUAAAUAAAAUACAUAUUUCAAGAAACGCACACAAACACACACACAUCAGCAAACAUUUUACGAAGAAAAAGUAUAAUUUUAACAUUUGCGGGAAUAAAGAAAAAAUAGAAAUAAUUAAAAAAAAGAAAACUUGGUGAUAAACAAAAACCGCCAGGCCAACCGCAUUAACAUUAAGAAAAUUGCGCUUAAAUAAUUGUGAAAAAAUUGUUUAUUAACUAUUUGGAAUUCUAAGGAGUACAUAAUAAAAUAUAUUUAAAGAAAAAUGUCAAUAAUGGAAGUCGAUAUGGCAAAUCACAAAGAAACUGAACCUCAUGUGGCUUUGGAAAUGAAUGAAACUAAGCUCAAUUAUGAAUUUGGCAAUCCGACAGAUACAAAUGUCGAUCAUCAUGCCACAGAGACAUUUCCUCCCGAAGAUAUCGAUUACAUCGAUGGCCAUGUACCAAAAAUUCCCAAAACAAUAUCUGAGGCCGAUGAAGAUGAAUAUGAUGAUCGACCUUUUGCCGUAGGACCCCGAAUGGGAGUGGAUGAUGGACUGCUGCCAAACGGUGGUCAUGAUGUGCCGUCCAGAACACCCGAGAAGCCUUCGCGACGUCCUAGUUUUAGUUUCCCCGGCUAUGCGGGUCCUGGUUUUGUGACAAUUAAUGGUGUCGAUACACCCAUACCCGAUGUCAAUGCCUAUCAACACAAAAAGACCUUGGCCCAGGGAAUGAUGGAUUUGGCCUUGCUAUCGGCAAAUGCUAAUCAAUUGCGUUACGUUUUGGAGUCAUAUGACCGUCAUCCGUAUUAUUAUCCCAGUUUGGUGUUCAUUUCGUUGAGCAUUAUAUUUCAGAUCGCUGUAGGCGUUGGCCUAAUUCUGAAUAGUAAAUAUAACAUCAAAAAUGAACGGGAAAUUUGCCGGGCAAAUAAAAUCAAUAACUAUACCGUUAUUGGUAUAUUUAUUGUGACGGUAGUGAAUGUUUUCAUCUCUGCCUUUGGUGUUGCGGAUCCUGCGGAACGGAAUACUUAAAAUUUAAGGACAUUUAAAAGAAUUGAUACUUUAUUUUUUUAUGUGUAGAAUAUUAAGAAUAGGCUACCUUGUGUUUCGAAUGUUUAAUUGUAAUGCCCUUUAGAACAAAAAUCUCAACGAUUUCAUUUUGUAAAUUGUAAUUUAAGGUGAACCUUGUAAGAAUAAGAUCUUAAAAAAAUCCGUUUAGUGUAAGUAGCUAAACAAUCCGUACAAAAAAGUUACCAAAUGUUAACAAGUCCAGUAAAAAAUGAGCGUAAGAGAUAUUUAAAUUUUCACCUUUUUAAAAAUUAUUAAAAUAGCCAGUGGCGAUAUAAUUAUGUAAUUUAUAAUAUAAGUUCUAAACUUUCCCAGUGCAGAUAUUUAUUAAAACAUUGUAUUGAAACAAAGCAAUAAGGAAACGUGAUAAUCCUCCGAAAUAAAUAUAGCUAUAUUCAUUUUUAAGAUCUCUGUGAACAGAUCUUAUAUUUGUUAAAUAAAAAUUAUAAAAUAUAUUAUAUUUUUAGAUGUAUUUUAAGAUUUGCAUUUAUGACGAUUAUUUUUAAAGUAUUCUUUUUCUUGAAACAUUUUUUCAUGUUAAUAAAAUUAGGAGAAUAAAUUCGAAA